CGCACCAUCCAAAAACAGCAAUCAGUGAGUACCGCCGGAGUAAGGACAACAUACAUUUGAAAGGAGAUACCGUUAUACCGACGGGUGACAGGUAAAGAUAUAUGUAAAGUUGUUAUGCGAAAGAGGGAGAAGAAAAAAAGUAUAGCAUAAGUCAGAAAACAGGAAAAGCAUAGUCUAAAUAGUGCAAGAAAGGUGAUAGAUAAAGCUACUUAGAAAUAUUUUUAUAGUCGGUUAAAAGGGCGUGUGAAUUGAAAGAAGGAAAUUUGAAAUUUAUAUAAGGAGAGAUUUCGUAAGCAUUCGAACUAGUAACCUGAAAUAGAAGAGAAAACUAUAAAUGUAAGUAAGAAAAAUGAAUUUAAAGGAAAGUGAAUUAAAAUUGAUUUGUAUGUUUUAAAAAUAAAUAGUUUUGAGCUGACUCAACCAAAAGAGCUGCUACGGAAAUUUUGUUUGUUUUUUUUUUUUGUGAAUUCGGUUUACAGUAGUUCCGAACAAUCUCAAAAAUUUAUAAUGAUUGGUUCAAACCCUAACCCCGAGAAUCCCGAACAGUCUGGCUACAAUUGCGCGGCUUGCCAUCGUCCCGAUAACGAUGAAACGAAUAUGGUAUUUUGCGAUCACUGUCAAAGAUGGUAUCAUUUCGGUUGUGCAGGUGUUAAUGACGACGUACGAAACAUUUCCUGGAGUUGUCCGGAUUGCGAAGCAUGUGAGUCGGAUGUUGCUGAUUCGUCUGAGCUUCAGAAAGAACUGGAACAGUUAGAGGAAGAGAAGAAAAAGCAAAAACGGCAAAUUGAAAGAGAGAUGAUUUUGCACCGGAAGAGACUGCAAAUGCAGCAGGAAUUGCUUGAUAUGCGUCAGCAGCUGGAACGGGAGAAGCGGAAUAUGGAAUUGGAGUUUGAGAAGGCGCAGUUGGAAAAGAAAAUUGCGGAAGAAGAAGAGCAUCAGAAGAAUCUGAACGAAAUGCGGGCAAAUAUGAAUGAAAAGUUGAAAUUGUUGAAGCUGAAGCGAACUGUUGAAAGUGAUGUUGGAGAGUUGCAGAGCAAUAAAGAAUCUGCCGUCGGGCGUGUAGAGAAGGAAGGUUCAAAGGAGAAAAGUCAAAACAGAACAAUAGCGGAGAAAGCGAAAGCAGGAAAAAUAGAGCUCGAGAAUAAAAAGUCGAGAAAAGGAAAGCCGGAAACUGCUGAUCCGAUAUUAACGAGUUGUUCCGAUAUUCGAGGAGCGUACCGUAAACAUUCUACACCGAAGGUGACGGAUAGGGUUAUCAACAAACAGGACGGCAUCCCAUACAAUCUACCAGAGAGCUUUCCUUUGAAUCGAGAUAAUGACGUUACACCAUUCGGUCAUCCGGAAAUCCCGAAAAAGAAGGAAAACAAUAGCGGCGGGAAAAUGAAAAUAGUGCCUGAAGUUACGGAGUCUGAAAGUGAAAAUAGUUCAACGGAUAAAAAUGACAUUUCGGAUGAAGAUAGCUAUAGCGAUACAGAAAGUUACGUAGAAGACGAAAAUAGCUCGGUGGAUGAAGAAGAUAGAUUCGAGAAAGAAGAUGGCAGCGAAAUGGAAAAAGAGAGUUCUGGUAAAAGUGAAAAUGAUGAAGUACCAGCAAGAAGAAAAAAGGAGACGCAACUUCGCAAGCAUCGUAGCCAAUACGACCCGACAAAGGCUCAGCUUUCUGCGCGUCAGUUUCUUUCAAAAAAGUUACCAGUCUUUUCUGGGAAAUUAGAAGAAUGGCCUAUGUUUAUAAGCAGCUACGAAACGUCAACGAAAGCGUGCGGAUUUUCAGAUCUAGAAAAUUUGGCACGUCUUCAGGAAUGCUUGAAAGGUGAAGCGUUGGAAGCGGUAAGAAGCAGACUACUGUUACCAAAAGCUGUCCCAAAGAUUAUUGAAACGCUAAGGAUGUUAUUUGGCCGUCCAGAGAAACUCCUCAACAUGUUAUUAGUUAAAGUUCGAAGUACAGCGUCCCCGAAAGCAGAUCGUCUGUCUAGUUUCAUUAGUUUUGGGAUAAUAGUGCAGCAGUUAGCUGAUCAUCUCGAAGCCACCGAUCUUACAGCUCAUUUAGUAAAUCCCAUGCUUAUCCAAGAGCUGACUGAUAAGCUUCCGGCGGCCACGCAGCUACAAUGGGUGCGUUAUCGAAGGAAAAGCAAAGUAGUAACGCUGCGAACACUGUCCAACUUUCUGUCAAAUAUCGUGAAAGACGCAAGCGAAGUGGCGUCGUAUGGAGAUGCAGCACGAUAUAUAGAACAAGGGUUCCGAAAAGGAAAAAAGGAAAAGUACGAUGGAUUCGUACACACUCAUAGUGUAGAACAGUCAAGCGUAGUGAAAGCAAGAGGUGAGAGUUCCACGACGAAGGAACGAAAACCCUGUCGGAUUUGCGGUAGAGUGGAUCACAGAAUAAGAAACUGUGAAAUGUUUCGCAGAUUACAGUUAGCUGACCGCUGGGAUGCGGUCCAAAAGUGGCAGUUAUGCCAGGUGUGUCUAAAUGAACACGGAAAUGCUGAGUGCAAGUUGAACAUCCGUUGCAAUGUUGAGUCUUGUAGAGAGCGCCACAAUUCGUUGCUGCAUUCAACGGUACCCAUCAUACGCUCAAAUUGUAACGUUCAUGCAAUUCAACGCAAACCUUCCAUUGUAUUCCGAAUGAUGCCUGUUACCUUGUAUUGCGGAAGCUGUAGUGUGAACACGAUCGCAUUUUUUGAUGAAGGUUCUUCAUACACGUUGAUUGAGAGAUCGCUGAAGGACGUGCUAGGAGCUCGAGGUGUGAUUCAACCGCUUCGGGUGACAUGGACCGCCGGAGUCUCGCGACUCGAAAAAGGUUCGCAAAAAAUAGAUUUGUGUAUUUCGGCGAAAGGUUCAAGACAACGUUAUCCGUUGAAAGGCGUCCAUACAGUAGAAAAUCUCAAGCUGCCGCAACAUUCGCUUGAUGUGCCGCAGUUGAUACAGCAAUACACUCACCUUCAAGGGAUUCCGGUGGCAAAAUUCCAGCAAUCCACUCCACAAAUUCUCAUUGGACUAAAAGACAUACACUUGUACGCACCAAUAGAGUCAAGAAUAGGUCAACCGGAGGAACCGAUUGCUGUUAGAUCGAAACUCGGAUGGACUGUCUAUGGACCGACGAGCGAAGCACAUUUCGAUACCGGAUUAGUCGGACAUCAUUCAUGUAACACCGUAUCAAAUCAAGAGCUUCACGAUCUAUUGAAAAGUCAUUACGACAUGGAGGAAACGGGAAUUUCGGUGGCAUUGCUUCCAGAACCGGAAGAAGACAGACGUGCUCUCGAAAUACUGAAAGCCACGACAGUGGGAAUAGUAGAUCGAUUUGAGAUAGGACUUCUAUGGAAAGAUGAUGAUCCAAGUUUUCCUGACAGCUACCCUAUGGCUCUGAAACGUCUACAGAGUCUUGAAAAGCGCUUAAUUAAAGAUCCCGAGCUGUAUGAGAAAGUUCGCGGGAUGAUUGCAGAAUAUCUGGCGAAGCGAUACGCUCAUAAAGCUACGCUGUCUGAGUUGGCUGCGUUCGAGAGUCGAAAAAUUCCGUGA